ACCCACCUCGAAGUUUCUCCUACUCGGAUUUCUUCCAGUUUUCUUCUUGUUGCGCAGUUGUUUUCGUGUUUUUCCCGCCCGAUUUUCUCGUCAAGAUGAUUCCACCGAACGCCUCGCUCGUGAAGUACGACAACCCCGUGCUGGUGAGCCGCAACACGGAGAAGAAAACCCCGCGGGCAAGGAACCUGAAGGCCAGCCCCACCCCUCCCGCCAACACAGGCCCCGUCCCCAACCCCCCCGCCAAGGGCAAGUCCCCCUCCUCCGUGGCAGACGCCAAGACACAGCAGACUGAGGAGAUCCUUAACUCCAUCCUGCCACCAAGGGAAUGGCAGGAGGGCGGUCAGCUGUGGGUGCAGCAGGUGUCCAGUACUCCGGCCACGCGGCUGGACGUGGUCAACCUGCAGGAGCAGCUGGACCUGCGGCUGCAGCAGCGCCAGGCGCGCGAGACCGGCAUCUGUCCCGUACGCAGGGAGCUCUACUCACAGUGCUUCGAUGAGCUGAUUCGUCAGGUGACGAUCAACUGUGCUGAGCGCGGCCUGUUGCUGCUGCGUGUGCGGGAUGAGAUCCGUAUGACCAUCGCGGCGUACCAGACCCUGUACGAGAGCAGCGUGGCGUUCGGCAUGAGGAAGGCUCUCCAGGCCGAACAGGGGAAGGCCGACAUGGAGAAGAGAAUCUCGGAACUUGAGACCGACAAGCGUGACCUUGAACGCCAGGUCAACGAACUCAAGGCCAAGUGUGAGGCCAUAGAGAAGAGAGAGGCGGAGCGUCGGCAGGUGGAGGAGAAGAAACACUCGGAGGAGAUCCAGUUCCUUAAGAGGACAAACCAGCAGCUUAAGACCCAAUUGGAGGGAAUCAUCGCUCCAAAGAAGUAGAAGAUUUUCUGACACCUUCAAUCAACCUGGGACCAGCAGGAGCAGAAAACUAUAAAUUAACAAACUUUCUACUCAAAUUAACAUCUUUUAUUGAAAUUGUUACAAAGAAAUUAGAAGUGACUUGACAAGGUUUUGGCAACAACUGUAGGAAUUCCUGGGUGUACAGUGUAGACUUCUAUUCUAGACAUGUGAAAAGUUAAGCCUUCCAAAAAAAAUAAUAAUCAACCAUAUGUGGCCUUAUGAAAAAAAACAGCCUCUGCAACUUUUGUAAGUAUUUUUAAUGUAGAAUAUUAAAACAUAUUUGUCUAUGUCAAAUUCGGAGAAAAAACAGUGGAGUUGUAUAUAUACUGUCUUAACAAUUCACCUUAGUCUUCCUCUUUCUAUUUUCUUGGUAUGAUGCACUCUGUAUUAAUUUUAUAAGA